AUGCAUCUAUUCUUGUUAAAUACAUCUACAAUUGUACCCGCUUCUCUAUUCAAUCUCAUUAAUACUACCUCUACUACGACAACAACAACAACUACAACUACAACAGUAAACAGAUCAAACACAAACAAAAAUACUACUAAUAAUAGCAAUAAUAAUAAUAAUAAUACAUCAACUACAAUAGUAGAUAAAGAAUUGGUUAAAUAUGCAGUUGAUUGUACACAAUAUCAACCACAUACUAUCCCAAACUACAUUGAUUCUAAAUUAGAAUCUAAAGACAUUUUAAAACAAAACUCUGUACCUUCACAUAUGGCUGUCAUCCUCUCUGAGGAUACAAUCAUAGACGACAAUAAUAAUAGCAAUCACAAUAACAAUAACAAUAAGACACAAACCGAAUUAUUUAAUCGAUGUUCUUUAAAAUUGUGUGAUAUUAUCUUGUGGUCAAUAUUUUCAAAGAUAUCAAGAUUAACUAUAUUCGAUCCAACUGGGUUACUUAAAAAGAAUAUUGAUACUUUACAAACCAUCAUUGAUGAAAAGAUGUGUUAUGAUACAUUAUAUGGAGGAUCAAAGAAUAAUAUUAUUCAUAUUGAUUGGUUAAAUAAUAAUAAUAAUAAUAAUAAUAAUAGUAAUAUUGAUAAAUUGAUUAAUUUAAAUAAUAUUGGAGGAAUUAAACAUUAUUUUAUAAAGAUUGGAAUAGUAUCAGUAGAAGAUGGAAAAUUAAACUUGGUCGACAUUACUAAAAAAUUUGCUCGUGAAAGUAAAUUAAACAACUCGACAAAAGCUUUGGAUGACAAUUAUAUUCAAUCUAAUCUUCCAAGAUAUAUGGGAGGAGAAGAUUAUGAACCCCAAGUGGCAAUCGAUUUUAGUAAUCAGAAUAUAUUUAGUGGAUUUUUACCAUGGCAUAUUAAACUUACCGAAUUUAUGCAAUAUGGAAUGAUUGAAAAAAGAUGUGGAAAAUAA